AUGCGCAACCCGCACGCCGGCUCGUUGGCAUUCUCCACGACAGGCCACAUGCAGAUAGAGGCGGCCGUGCGUGUCGACAUCCCAGUGCGGCCAUCCACGUUGCAGGAAGCCGGCACUUCCACAGACGCAGAAGGCGACGCGUCUGGGGUGACGACGCUCUCGGCCAUGUCUCCCGCGACAGAGUCGAUUAAUGGAGCCAUAGGACAACGCGGCGCGGAUGGCCUCACCGAAGAAGCAGCGAACGUGGCCGCUACAACAACGGCGGCACUGGCCACGCACCCCCUGGUGGAACCUGCGUUAUCGCACCUGCGCUUCACCGACUUCACCAGGCCCCUCACGGUAGCUGCGAGCGAGGCCACGGCCUCCAACGCCACUGCUCGUGCGCCAGGACCAUGGGGGCAACUAGAGCUUGACAUGUUCCUCCCGAACUGGUCCGCCAACCGACAGAGCAUCGGUGUCCGAGCUGGGCCUGCUGCCUUGCGAGUGAGUCGUACGCUAUCUGCCUCGGCCGCUCCUGCUUCCAAGUCAUCCAUGAACUCCGCCUCGCUCUCCGAGGACGAUCUCCACGCUGCCACUGUUGGCACUGGCGGUGACACGAACAGGUGGUAUCAGUACACACUCGAUGCCGCUGUUUGCGUGCCAUUUGGCGGCAGUGGCGUCGAUGCAUCGAGAGCGGCGAGGCGAACUCUUGACGGCAAGUCGGUUGGUGUUCUGCCAGCAGCGCCGUGGGCACUGACGUGCGGCAUGCAGCUCCCUCUCGCGCUUGGCGACACCCUCAUCGGCAUCUCGCUGCAGAACGAUCGUGCGUCGUCCGUGGCGAUGCAACUCCCUGGUGUGGAGUGGGCCGUGACCGCUCCUGCUACAGCCUCGCCGACCGCUUUCUCUUCCCCAGGCGAUCCACUGCUCUCAGCCACGGACGAUGCGUGCUACGUCGCGUGUGUGCCCUCCCUUCUGUAUCCAAGCCACAGCACCAGUAGCAGCAGCGACCCCUGCGCCGCCGCAGCGGCACCGCUUUACGUGGCCAUCCCAACGACCACAGUGCGUCUUUUGUUCGUACAGACGCUGGCCAGCCAUACCCUCGUACGCCGCGACGCAUCGAAUCUGUCCGCUUCGCAGAUGAGCACAAGUGGGAGUGGAUACGGCGCCAGCACACGUGGUUUUCACCUUGCCUCCUCGUACGACUGGCGCCAGCUUCCCACGUUGGUUGGCGUCAACGUGGGCUUUAACCGUGAUCGGUUGCGCAUAAGCGCCGCAUCGAUCCUGCACAAUGGUGAGGUCGACCUGGAGGCGGCGGCGGUGCUCGACGUAACGCCGUGGAUGCCACGUAUGCCAACCUUGCUCAAGCUCGGGUACAAUAACGCCGGACGAGUAGCAGCGGGCAUUACGUCGCUCUUCUACGAGACGGUGACGGCCACGCUGGGGGUACACAUGGCACGUGGAGAGCAAGCAAAGUUUGGCAUUGAGGUCAGCUUCUAG